AACCCUUUUUGAUUUUGAUUCUGGCUGAUAUACCAUGGCAUGAUUAUAGUACGACCAACAUUCAUUAAUCAUUGCCCUGGUCAGCGCCAGCCGUUGCGACUACCUACUUACAUACUAUACUGCCUGAGCCUUCCGCCCUCCUCCAUAAAUGGUUUUCGAUUCUUAAUUGCACCUUCCACCGUCUGGGACCUCCACUUCGUCGUUCCUUCCCCGCCUACCUCCAAAGCUGUCACUGCCUUUGUAGCCUCAGUCAGUGAGCAACUAUCUUGCAGUGCUUUCAACAAUGACUACUCCGCGAUGCUUUAUUGUCCGACACGGUGAAACAGAAUGGUCUUUGAACGGUCGACAUACAGGUACUACCGAUAUCCCAUUGACCAAGAGUGGUGAGAAGCGAGUUCGUGCCACUGGUCGAGCACUGGUAGGACGGGACCGCUUGAUUGUCCCUAGUCAGUUGGUUCAUAUUUAUGUCUCCCCGCGCCACCGUGCCCAGCGUACCCUCGAGCUCCUGAACCUGGGCUGCCCAGAUCCCUUCCCAUGGCAAUCCUCCCAAGAUGCCGCCUCCGCCGCUGCAGACGAGCCAGAGCCUCAAACCAAUCAUACCGUCGCAUCCGUGACCAUCGACGAUCGAAUCUGUGAGUGGGACUAUGGUGAGUAUGAAGGAAUCACAUCAGCCGAGAUCCGCAGCCGGAGGCAGGCCGCCAACCUCCCACCCUGGGAUAUCUGGAGAGACGGUUGCCCUGGAGGCGAAUCUCCCCAAGAUAUUGUCAAUAGGUUGGAUGCGUUGAUACAAGACAUCCGUGACAAAUAUCACAGCCCCGUCAUCGGAAAGCCAAAGUCACCGGACAUGACUGGAGACGUCCUUGUCGUGGGACACGGUCAUAUCCUGAGAGCUUUCGCCAUGCGAUGGGUCGGUAAACCACUUACAGAGACAGCCUUGAUCAUGGAGGCAGGAGGAGUCGGCACCCUCAGUUAUGAGCAUCACAGCAUUGAUGAGCCAGCCAUCUUACUCGGUGGUGGUUUUGUUGUCGCUGAUUAGGUCGACAUAUUCAUUUAAUACGCCACGGAUGGCAAAGUCAUUAAGAACAGAUGUGGCCUAGAGUUUUAAGACAUCUUCCCUCAUGUCGUCUACUAUCAACUCCCACGUUUCUGCUCGGAUUUCCGCCGGGUGAAUAAACACAUCAGAACCAGUAUGACCAAGAGCCGCAAGGCAUUGCGC